AUGGCGGAGCGGAGAAUCUCCUAUGCUCCCGACGUGGAAAAUGGCGAUCGUCACCGUGAGGCUGGCGACGUCAACGACGGCAACCUCGAUGAGUACUCGGCUCUCAACCGUUACAUCUCGACUGCCCGUGAUGGCCGCCGUGGCUCGGCUUCGAGCGCCGGUGGUCUGAGUGACACCGAGGUGAAGCGCCCCUGGUGGAAGUUCUGGGGCAAGAAGGGCGACGGUGUCCAGGGUGACUGGGUGUGUCCGGAUGAAUGGCUGGAGACCGACCUGCGCUCCGGUCUGAGCUCGGGCGACAUUGAGCCCCGCCGCAAGAAGACUGGCUGGAACGAGCUGGUGACUGAGAAGACCAACAUCUUCAUUCAGUUCAUUGGUUACUUCCGUGGUCCUAUUCUCUAUGUGAUGGAAUUGGCUGUUCUCCUCGCUGCCGGUCUGCGUGACUGGAUCGAUCUCGGUGUUAUUUGCGGUAUUCUUCUUCUCAACGCCCUCGUCGGUUGGUACCAGGAAAAGCAGGCGGCCGAUGUCGUCGCCAGCUUGAAGGGUGACAUUGCUAUGCGUGCUGUCGUGAUCCGCAACGGUCAAGAGGAGGAGAUCCUCGCCCGUGAGCUGGUCACUGGUGACAUUGUCAUUGUCGAGGAAGGCCACGUCAUCCCCGCCGAUGUCCGCCUGAUCUGUGACUACGAGAAGCCCGAGAUGUUCGAGGCCUACAAGGAGUUCCUCGCCAACGCCAACGACGACGACCUCAAGGAGAAGGACGAUGACGAUGAUGAGGAUGCCCACGAGGUCCACACCGGUGUCUCCCUCAUUGCUUGUGACCAGUCCGCCAUCACUGGUGAAUCUCUCGCUGUCGACAAGUACAUGGCCGACACCUGCUACUACACCACCGGUUGCAAGCGUGGCAAGGCCUACGCCAUCGUCACUGCUACUGCUCGCCACUCGUUCGUCGGUAAGACCGCCGCUCUGGUCCAGGGAGCCCAGGACCAGGGUCACUUCAAGGCUGUCAUGGACAACAUUGGUACCUCGCUGCUGGUUCUGGUCAUGUUCUGGAUUCUCGCCGCCUGGAUUGGUGGUUUCUUCCGUCACUUGAAGAUCGCUACCCCCGAGGAGAGCGACAACAACCUGCUCCACUACACCCUGAUUCUGCUCAUUAUCGGUGUCCCCGUCGGUCUGCCUGUCGUCACCACCACCACCCUGGCUGUCGGUGCCGCCUACCUUGCCGAGCAGAAGGCCAUUGUCCAGAAGCUUACCGCCAUCGAGUCCCUCGCUGGUGUCGACAUUCUGUGCUCUGACAAGACCGGUACCCUCACUGCCAACCAGCUGUCCAUCCGUGAGCCCUACGUGGCUGAGGGUGUUGACGUCAACUGGAUGAUGGCCGUUGCCGCUAUUGCCUCGUCUCACAACGUCAAGAACCUCGACCCCAUCGACAAGGUUACCGUCCUGACUCUCCGCCGCUACCCCAAGGCCCGUGAGAUUCUGUCGCGCAACUGGGUUACCGAGAAGUAUACUCCCUUCGACCCCGUCUCCAAGCGUAUCACCACCAUCUGUACUUGCGACGGUGUUCGCUACACUGCUGCCAAGGGUGCUCCCAAGGCCAUCCUGAACAUGUCCGAGUGCUCUGAGGAGGAGGCCCAGCUCUACCGUGACAAGGCUACAGAGUUCGCUCGCCGUGGUUUCCGUUCGCUCGGUGUUGCCAUCCAGAAGGAGGGUGAGCCGUGGCAGCUUCUGGGCAUGUACCCCAUGUUCGACCCCCCUCGUGAGGACACUGCCCACACCAUCGCUGAGGCUCAGCACCUGGGUCUCUCCGUCAAGAUGUUGACUGGUGACGCUCUGGCUAUUGCCAAGGAGACUUGCAAGAUGCUUGCCCUGAGCACCAAGGUCUACGACUCUGAGCGUCUGAUCCACGGUGGUCUCGCUGGCUCCGCCCAGCACGACCUUGUCGAGAAGGCCGACGGUUUCGCCGAGGUUUUCCCCGAGCACAAGUACCAGGUCGUCGAGAUGCUCCAGCAGCGUGGCCACCUGACUGCCAUGACUGGUGACGGUGUCAACGACGCUCCCUCUCUGAAGAAGGCCGACUGCGGUAUUGCCGUCGAGGGUUCCACGGAGGCCGCCCAGGCUGCCGCCGAUAUUGUCUUCCUUGCCCCCGGUCUGUCCACCAUCGUGGAUGCCAUCAAGCUGGCCCGGCAGAUCUUCCAGCGCAUGAAGGCCUACAUCCAGUACCGUAUUGCCCUGUGUCUGCACCUCGAGAUCUACCUGGUCACCUCGAUGAUCAUCAUCAACGAGACCGUCGAGGCCGACCUGAUUGUGUUCAUUGCCCUCUUCGCUGAUUUGGCCACCAUCGCUGUUGCCUACGACAACGCUCACUUCGAGGCCCGCCCCGUGGAGUGGCAGCUUCCUAAGAUCUGGGUCAUCUCCGUCGUCCUCGGUAUCUUGCUGGCUGCCGGUACCUGGAUCAUCCGUGCCACCCUGUUCCUGAGCAACGGAGGUAUCAUCCAGAACUUUGGCUCGCCCCAGGAGAUUCUCUUCCUCGAGAUUGCCCUGACCGAGAACUGGCUCAUCUUCGUCACCCGUGGUGGUAAGACCUGGCCCUCGUGGCAGCUGGUCAUCGCCAUCUUCGUCGUCGAUGUUCUGGCCACCCUGUUCGCUGUCUUCGGCUGGCUCGCCCCCGACUGGCAGCAGACCUCGCCCAAGGACCCCGCUGGCCCCAACUUCUCCGUCAACAACGACGUCGACAUUGUCACCGUUGUUGUCGUGUGGGCGUACUCGAUCGGAGUUACUGUCAUCAUUGCCGUUGUGUACUACCUCCUGACCAUCGUUCCCGCUCUGGACAACCUUGGCCGCAAGACCCGCUCCAAGGCCGACACCCAGAUCGAGAACAUGAUCGCCCACCUGUCCAAGCUGGCCAUCGAGCUGGAGACCGACAAGGAGGGCAAGGCCAAGUACACUCUGGGCGCCCGUACCGAGGAUGUCGAGGAGGACGAGUAA